UCAGAUCAAAGAAAAAGAAAAAACACAGAGAAGCUUCUUCUAAAACGAUGCCGUACUACACCAGAGACGAGAACGAUGUCGACGAUUUCGAUGAGUUUGAUCCAACGCCGUACAGUGGUGGUUACGACAUCACGGUGAUUUACGGCCGUCCGAUUCCACCUUCCGAUGAGACUUGUUACCCUCUCUCAUCUGGUGUCGAUGAUGAUUUUGAAUACGAGAGACCUGAAUUUACUCAGAUCCAUGAGCCUUCUGCUUACGGAGAUGAAGCUCUUAACACAGAGUACAGUAGCUAUUCUCGACCCAAGCCACGACCCGCAUUUCGACCCGAUUCAGAUGGUGGUGGUCAUGUUCAAGGUGAAAGACCAAAUCCUGGUUAUGGAUCUGGAUCCGGUUAUGGGAGGAAACCGGAAUCUGAGUAUGGAUCCGGUUAUGGUGGUCAGACGGAGACUGAAUCUGGAUACGGUGGACAAACGGAGGUGGAGUAUGGUCGGAGACCUGAGCAGAGUUAUGGAUCUGGUUAUGGUGGAAGGACGGAGACUGAAUCGGAGUAUGGCUCUGGUGGUGGUGGAAGAACGGAGGUUGAGUAUGGUAGGAGACCUGAAUCUGGGCUUGGAUCUGGUUAUGGUGGGAGAUCGGAGACUGAGUAUGAGCGUAAGCCUAGCUAUGGAAGGUCUGAGGAACAAGAAGAAGGUUAUAGGAAGCCUAGCUAUGGAAGAUCUGAGGAAGAAGAGGAAGGAAGUUACAGGAAACCUAGUUAUGGAAGGUCUGAGGAUCAGGUGGAGAGUUACAUUAAGCCUAGCUAUGGAAGGUCUGAGGAACAGGAGGAAGGAAGUUAUAGGAAGCCUAGCUAUGGGAGGUCUGAGGAGCAGGAAGAGGGGAGUUACAGGAAGCCUAGCUAUGGCCGUGGCAAUGACGAUGAUGAUGAUGAUGAGCAGCGUAGGAACCGUUCUGGUUCUGGUGAUGAUGAGGAAGGGAGCUAUGGCCGCAAGAAAUACGGUGACAAUGACUCUGAUGAGGAUGAGGAGAAGAAGAAGCACCGUUACAAGCAUCACCACCAGAAGCGUCGUGAUGAAGAUGAUGACUAAAACCUCUCAGUACUUGAGAGUGUAUUGAGAAAGUGUGUUUGCUUAGCUUCAAAUAACUACUAAAUAAAGAGCUAAGUCACAUAUCUUUCUACAUAAUAUCUUUCGACGUUGGUGUUAUGUUUGUUUUAAUCUCUGUAUUACUGCAGAGUCUUGAGUUUGUGCUGGUUCAUAAUAAGACCUUGAAUUGGUA